UUCAACGCAGCCCUGACACUUUUUGACAGUUGCCAUCAGCUGUCGGCCUGCUGGUUUGUUGUUCUUGUCCGGCAGAUUUAAUUCCACAAUAACAAGAAGUUUUUGAAUUAACACUAAGACGUAAAGUUAAACUUAUCGCGUAAACACAACUGACUCUAAUGUGGGGAAAAGUUUUCCCGGUGUCCCUCACAUAUAACCUCUAAAACAGUUGCCGACAUUUCGAACACUCCCGGGAAGAUGAUAGUACUCCGCCGGCUCAUCCACCCAGCUUUUCGGACCACAAUUACCGGAAUACGACCUUCGAUAUCUCACUUACGUACCACGGCGGCAAGAGCAUCUGAAAAACCACCAGAAGACGAUGCCAGUGACAAAAAGAAGGAAGAGAAAACAUUUACGCGGGACCACCUCCCAGCCGUCUUCACCAAUUUCGAGAACAUCUCGGACAAAAACAAGGAAACAUAUUUAAAUAUGGUGACAAUCUUUGAAACGAAAAGUGUACAUCGUCGCAACCACGUAGAGUUCAUUUACGCGGCUCUUCGAAACAUGGAGGAGUUCGGCGUGCACAAGGAUAUCGAAGUGUAUAAGGCUCUGAUCAACGUCAUGCCCAAAGGAAAGUUCAUUCCCACGAAUGUGUUCCAGGCGGAGUUCAUGCACUACCCUAAGCAGCAGCAAUGCAUCAUUGACUUGCUGGAGCAGAUGGAGGACAACGGUGUGAUCCCAGAUUACGAAAUGGAGGACAUGCUCGUGAAUGUGUUCGGGCGCCGAGGACAUCCCGUGCGGAAGUAUUGGCGGAUGAUGUAUUGGAUGCCGAAAUUCAAGAACCUCUCACCAUGGCCCUUGCCUAAUCCGGUACCCAAUGAUGCCUUGGAGCUAGCCAAGCUGGCGGUGGAAAGGAUGUGCACGGUGGACAUUCAGUCGAGGGUGGAUGUUUAUAACACCGAAGACAUCGAAGAGGCGAUCGAUAAAACGUGGAUCGUGAGCGGAAUUAGCCCCGAGCAGGUUGAGUUGAUAAAGAAACACGACAAGAGGAAGCCGAUAUACAUCGAGGGACCGUACUUGAUUUGGUUGCGAGAUAAGUGUGUGAACUACUUCACGUUGAGGGCAGAUGUUGACCCUAAAUUGAAAUUUGAAGACGACGAAGAGAAGGAUUUUGAUGACGUAUCAAACUUGAGAGUGCCUCUAUUCGGCCCACCAACGAAACAGAACCAUUUAGUGCCGAAACGCUCUGUGCAUCAACAGGACGAUGGUACAAUAUUUGCAAUAUGCGCGACGGGCACCUCUUCGAAAGAUUCAUUGCUAUCGUGGAUUCGAUUUCUCGAGCGAAGCGGGAACGUCGACUUAGGAAGUAUACCAAUUUUAUUCAAAUUUAAAUCUAGGCCUGGCCCAGAACUCCCGGCAGUGACGACCGACGUCAGGUGAUGCAUUUUGCGUAUCUAGUUUUAUUGUAACUUAAUGAAAUUGUAACAAAAGAAAUAAAGUCCCAGUUGAUUUCUGAAACUUA